AUGAGUGAGGAUGAUGAGUACUUGAGGGCAUUAGAAGUUCAAAGAAAGAACUUCGAGGCCCAGUUUGGAUCCUUGGAAACAAUGGGAUUUGAAGAUAAAUCCAAGGGUAAUGCGAAUAUCCUGAGCGAUGAGGAGAACCAAGAUGAAGCUCAAGACGAAUAUGAAUUUAAGGGGUUUGUGUCUAACGAUGAAUCAGGCUCGGACCUGGAUAAUGACAUGGAUUCAAGUGAAGAAUCUGUUUCGGAGGAGGAAGAAACAAGAGCUGCUCCUAAAGUAGUAAAGAUAAACGAUCACAAUCACACUACUAAUGGACCUGUAAUAAGUAAGGCCGAUAAGAAGUUGCUUAGGUCGGGUAGAGCCCCGACUCUUGCUGAAAUUGCAAGAAAAGAGCAAGAGCUUGAGAAAAAGAAUAAAAAAUCCAAGCAAGCAGUUCAAGAAGAUGAAGACAACUUGGAAAACGAUUUGAAGUUGCAGAGAUUAUUGCAAGAAUCUCAUAUAUUAGCAAACAAGGUUGAGUAUUCAGGCGCUGAUGUUACAUUACAAACGCUCGAUUUCGAAGCUCCUACAGGUAACGCAAGAAAAAGAACACUUGAUUCACGUCUCAGAAGCAUCUCCUCUAUAAAUUCAUCCACCAAAGGUUUACCUAAGACGUUGGAAAAAAUGCCUAUGUCCAUGAGGAAAGGUAUGAUUGCCAGCCGUGAACGUCAAAUCGCUAAAUAUGAAGAGGAGGCCAGGAAUGCGGGUAUCAUUUUGUCAAAGGUCAAGAAAGGUGAAUUGAGAGAUAUUAAGCAAGGUAAGGGCUCGACAUUGGCCAGUGAUAGAUUAGGUACUGGUAAAAAGGCUCCAAAGAGAAUCAGAGAUAGAGGGUUGAAAAUUAAUUCUGUAGGUAGGUCUACAAGAAAUGGUAUAAUUAUUUCUCAACAAGAAAUCGACAAAGUUAACAACCAGGGCCGUCGUUUCAACAAGAAGAAGAGAUAG